AACUGCCAACUGCGUAUUAUGAAUUUAAUAAUUGACAGGUAGAUAGAUUUUCCUUGCCAAAUUGAAAUGCGCAUUGGGAGUUCGUACAUUUGAAACUUCUGGUUCACUAUCUUGGGCAUCAACGGGCGUGUUAAACUUUCUAACACGUCGUUAAACACCCCCCGGUGCGCUCGUCGCCGUGGUACGGUCAGUGGGCAAAAUGGCGCUGAGGAGACUCGGUGAAUGUUCCUGGUCGAUGCUACGUGCGUCGCGUGUUGUUCGUACGCGCGUGUUGCUCGCUCGUCCAAAGCGGGGAUGGCUGGAGAGCUGCACUGGAGCCAAGAGGCAUCUGUUGUCAGAAAAUGUGAUCAAACUCCAAAACUUUCAGCAAAAGAAGCUGGAAGUAGCUCACCUCGCCACUGGAUUGAAAGGAAAUUUUAUUGAACUAUUCGGUAAGAAGCUUCAAAAGAAUGAGCUGAUCCUGAGAGAUGAGCUGAAGCUGCUUCUUCACCUGUGCCAGUCUGCGGAUGACAUGGUGAUAGCCAAAGAUGCCAUCUAUAGGUAUCAUUCAGAGAACCGAAAUAUGGCAUUUGGAGAGUUUAAGUUUGGUCCUCUCUUCAUGAGACUGUGCUAUGAGCUGGGUCAGGAGGACAUGGCUGUUGCUGCACUAACAGAUGAGAGUAUGAAUGGAUUUUUCAACGACACAACGUCCUUUAACAUUGCCAUAGACAUGUUAUUCAUAAAAGAAUCUUUUGAAGAUGCUCUCAAGGUAUUGAGGACCAUGUGGAAACAAGGUGUACAGUUCAAUAAAGACACAGUUUUACUGACAGCUGGCAUCUGCUAUAAACUGAACACAACAGAGUCCUACCAAAUCUUCGCUUCUCUGAUAGACGACCAGCUGAGCAAGGGGUACUUCAUCGCGAGACAUGCUUACUACUUUGCUGUAGCAUUAGCACUUAAGCAGAGUGACAUUAAAAAAGCCGAGUCAUUUUAUUCACAAAUUACGAAAACAGAUGACAGAUUGUACCAAAAUUUUAAAGUUGUAAUACUAGCUGUGUCAGGAGCAGUGGACGGGGCCAUGUCCAUCCUGUCUGCAACUGUGUCGCCUAAAAGCCCUUCUUUUGUAAGGAAGCCUGAAUUUUCACGGGAGGUGGUGGAUGUGCUGCGCUUGCAGACUAAGGGCGGACCGCAUAUGAUGAAAGUGGAACAGAUAGUGACUCAGCUUGAACAAGCUGGUCAGGUGUCUCAGCAGACCCUCGACGACAUGCUGUGCCGCACGCCCAAAGAGAAGAGUAAGCUAGCGCCAAUAAUGGAGGAGAGGAGGUACAGCCGGAGGACUCUGAGGCCACUACAGUCCAUCCUGCUGUCAGAAUGAGGACUGUCUUCAGUGUUACACCUGGUUUCUUUAACACACAGGGGACUUUGUCAAUAGUAUCAAAUCUACCUCUCAAACACUGACGCAGCCAUCCCUCUACAUAUUGGAUUUUGGUCCUUUUUUUGUCCCCCUAUCCAACAUUUAAUGAAAGGGGUCACAGUCCAGGAGAAGCAGGCAUUUAAAAAAAAAAAAGAGAGAGACAGAGACGUCGCCUUAAAAGGAUCUCAUAUGGAUAACGUGAGUGAUUUGAGAAGAGUGCUUGUAUUCCAAGUGUGAGUGAGUGAUUAAAAAAAGAAUGUGGCAUUUAAUAAUAAAAAAGUAUUAUUUG